UAUGUAUCUUUGUGGACGGUGGGAGAGGUUGGUGGGUGAUGGGCAGUGGGAACAGAACAUAGUGGCAUACGAAUUUCCUUAACAAUAGUACUAGUACAGCUAAGCUUAUCUAUCCAAAGAAAAUGAAAGCCAACUACACCUUCUUGGUCCUGUUCUCCAAUUCUCACGCUCUCCACUUCCAGGUCUGACCAUUUACUCUUCAUCUUGUAUUUCCUGUGCAUAGCUUCAGCUAGCAAUGGAUCCAAACACUACUACAACUGAAGUGGCAUACCAAUUCCUUCCAUAUUUCCGCGCAUACAAAAAUGGAACCGUUGAGAGGUUUUUCGGCACCGAUAUAGUCCCCACAUCCACCGAUCUUCAGGCCGGGGUCUCGUCCAAGGAUGUCCUAAUUGUACCAGAAACCGGCGUCUCGGCCCGUCUCUUCAUGCCUGCAACUAUUUCUAGUACCACCACCAAUCAUGUCAAGCAUCCACUCUUGCUUUACUUCCAUGGAGGAGCAUUUUGCUUCGGAUCGCCCUUCUGUUCCACCUAUCACAACUAUCUUACUUCUCUCGUUGCUAAAGCUAAUGUUGUGGCGGUGUCUGUUGACUACAGAUUAGCCCCGGAGCACCCUCUCCCCGCGGCCUAUGAAGAUUCUUUCGAUGUUCUGAAGUGGGUAGUUUCACACUAUAAUGGGCUCGGUCCCGAAGAAUGGCUUAACCACGGUGUUGAUUUUGGGCGGGUUUUUGUGGCGGGAGAUAGUGCGGGAGCCAGUAUCGCACACAGUGUGGCGUUGCAAGCUGGCGUGGAAGAUUUGGGAUUGGGGGGCGUCAAGCUGUUGGGUGCUUGUUUUGUUCAUCCGGAUUUUGCAAGCAAAGAAGAGGGUCCGACCGGGGCAUGGUUUUUUGCCUGUCCGAUCACAAUCGGGUCGGAUGAUCCGAGGAUAAACCCGGGAAUUGACCCGAGGCUUCCAAAGUUGGGAUGCAGCAGGGUCCUAGUUUGUGUGGCGGAGAAGGAUGGUUUGAGGAGGAGGGGUUGGCAUUACUAUGAGACGUUAGGUAAGAGUGGGUGGGAUGGUGUGGUGGAUAUCUUGGAGACACAAGGGGAAGACCAUGUGUUUCAUCUGUUUAACCCAACUUGUGCAAAUGCUGUAGCCUUGUUGGAACGGUUGGCUUCUUUUAUGAAUCAAGCCUAAAACCUGAUAAAGGUGUUUUCGAGUUCAUCUCUUUAAUUUAUUUAAAAAAUAAAAAAUAAAAAAUUAUGAAUAAAAAAUAAAUAAACAAUAUCAGUGUGCCUUUAUUUUUUAAGUAUCACUUGUAUGAAUUGUGUUCAUCUCUUCGUCUAAUAGCAGAUUUUGUCAAGAUUAUUAUUCUA